AUGUGGGUUGGUCUCACUUUGUUUCGUCCAAGAAGCGCUCGAGAUAUCGCAAUGACUGUGCUUCGUGUGAGUUGUAUGCUGGCUCUUUUGCUGAUCGCCGGUCAAGGUCAGGCGGCUCCGGCGCCCGUCAAGGCCGAGGGUCGCACCCUGGGCCUCCUGGGCGGCGGAUUCGGGGGCAGUGUGGGCCUGAGUGCCGGCAUCGAGUGGGCGGCGGCCUGUAUAGCGGGUUUGGAGGAGGCGGCGGAUAUCCUGGUGGCUAUGCGGGUGGCUAUCCGGGCGGACAUGGCGGCUACUCCGGUUAUCCCGGCUACGGCGGUGGAGGAUACGGAGGUGGCUACUAUCCAGGAGGAGGUUACUCCGGCUUUGGACACAGGCCGCACCACCAUGGAGGCGGUUUCUACCCGGGCGGCGGAUCGUACUACAACCAGGGCGGAUCCUAUGGCGGCCAGUACAGUCAGUCGCAAUACUCCAAUGGAUACUACAAUGGCGGUGGCUACGGAGGCGGUGGCUACGGAGGCGGUGGCUAUGGAGGCGGCGGCUUUUUCGGCUGAAAAAAUCUCCUAA